UUUACUUUUAAUAAAUAUCAAAGAAAAAAAUUAAAGGAAUAAAUACAUCUAAUCAAAUUAAUAAAAAGAAGAAUGAAAUAGUAGAUUUUAAGUUUGAAUUCAAAAAGGAAGUAUUAAGAAACACAAAGUAACCUUAGCAAACUAACAUUUAAUGAUGAUUUUGAAAAUGUGAAAAAAAAGUAAAAAAAUUAGGAAACCAUAAAUACACAAUAUUGCCUUUUUACUUUGGGUAAUUAAGAUUGUGAAAUCGGCCUAUAAUUUGAAGACUUAAUAAACUAAGAUUUUAACUAUUGCUAUGGAUAAGAAUAUGGAGUAGAAUUAUUUGAUGAAAUCGGUGAAACAGUUAUGGAUAUAAAUUCAGAAUAACAACUUAACUCUCUACUUUUAAACUAAAAGCACCUCAGUAUUGAAUAAAAAAUGGUUGCACAAUAAGUAUUUUUUGAAAAACUAGAUGAAAACAAAUCUAUUUCUGACUCAGAAAAAUUUUUUAAAUAAUAAAACAUGCAAAGCGAUUUAAAAACCUUGACACAAGAUGAAACUAGUGAAAAUCAAAACUACUUCUAAUAUUUAGAGCAAAAUGAGUAAAUUUACUCAUACAAAUUUGAUAAAGAGAAUAUUUAUUAAAGUGAAAUUGAUACCAGCUAGUGUCAAGAUUCAUAAAUAUAAAUUCUUGAAAUAGGAUAUUUAGCUGCAGAUGAAUUCAAUUAGUCUUACUAAUUAGAAGAAUCUUAUCAAUCACGUUCUUCCUAUUAAAUAGAUAUUGAAAAUCUAUUUAUCUAGACUUAAUAGUAAAAUUAAGAAACGCUUUUAUUCAAAAAUAAGGCAUAUUUAGCUUCAAAGUCAAGUUAUUAAAAAGCAAAGCCUUAAUCUUUACAGAAUAAGAAAAUUAGAAAAAGAUAGGUUAUAAAAUCAAAAUAAGGAAAUAUUAAAUAAAAAAUCUUUUUCAAGCUAGUUCAGUAAAUUCCUUCUCAAUUAAGCAAAAUAAAAAUGCAUAAUUAAAAAGGAAUAUAAAAUCCUAUCGCAAAAAGGCUACUUCAAUAAAUUAAAUAGCUUUAAACCUUAUAAAUGUUAGAAUCAUUGAUAAAAAUAUGA